UUUAUUUUGUGAAAGUAAACUAACACAGAAACCACAAAAUAGUGAGAGUGGCAAAUCCGAAUUGAGUUUUUCUACCUGGCCAGGUACAUGCAGACAUAUUCUAACUGUUGUGUGUUUUGAUAGGUAAAAUCGCAUUCGAACAGAUAACGAUAGCUGCUAUACAACGACGCGAUUUUCUAAGCGUUUUACUUAUCAAUCAAUACCCGAUAAGAUUAGGGUAGCAGCGAUAGAUAAGCCCGCAAAACGGAAACCUGUUCAACACGCUCACCUACAAGACCGCGAAGUGCAGGGUCGUCCAGUCUUGUUCGACAUUCCGACCGCAAAAGGUCCACAAACUCUAUGCCAGACACCGAUCGACCCUCACCAGGCGAUGGCUUCCAUACCAUUCCCAUCCAAAUUAACAACAACGAGUACAUUCCGGAUCGGCAGAGGGAGCUUAUUCUGCAGAACACCCGCGGAGGAUGCUGUAACCGGGAUGUGAGGAAUCAGCCCCAGGCAAAUGCAGUGGGAGCAGCUGCCCUGAUAUUUGUUUCCGGAGGACUUCACAUUGCCUGGAGCAUUGGUUUUGACAGUUUGUUUGCCGAACUGGAGGUCACUAACCAUGUUCGCAUCUGCUGGUUUACAGCCGCGAUUAUUGGCGCACUUUUGGGAGGAUUCUUCAGUCGGAAGUUUCCUUACAAGAUCCUAAUGGAAUUCUGCUCACUGCUGACAGUGAUCAGUGGGCUGGUGAUGUCUUGCACCAAACUCAACCUGAAUGCCUUGCUGACGGCCAGGUAUUUAAACGGCUUUGCCAACGGAUUAGCUCUAGCGCCCACUUUGGCCAUGGCCGGGGAACUGACGGUCUUCUACAAGAGGGGCACCACCACCUCGGCGGCGGAACAGUGGCCCACAACUAUUGGGAUGUUUGUCCAGAUUGUUUUCAGUGUAAGCUGGGACCAGGAGAGCGACUUUACCGAGGAGCAGUUCCAGGGUGUGCUGACUGUGAUUCUGGGAGUCAUAGCCUUCUUGUUUGCCUUCAAGACCUCCAUAGAGUCCCCCGUCGACUUAUUGGAGGCAGGACAGGAGCAAGCGGCUAUCGAUGCCCUGAGCCGUCUGCAAAGGCCACAGACAGUGACGGCGGAGACCUACGACCAGGUUAGCGAUCAUCGCUCCUACCUGAGCCACAAUUCGUCCUUGGGCUGGACCCACGCUUUUCCCGCCCUCCUGCGCUUGACCUUGCUGCGAUUCCUGUAUGGCGUCAGUUCCAGCACGAUGGUGGCCUUCACCGUGUACUACACAAGUAUGAGGGUUUACGGCGGAAGCUCCGGACCCUUUGUGCUCUUCGGACUCUUCCGACUGAUAGGGAGCUUCUCGUGCGCUUUUGCCCUGGACACGCUGGGCCGGAAGAUCCCCCUGCUCCUGGGACUGGUCAUUGCCGGAGGACUGUCCUUUGGCAUUGCCAGUCGAUUUGCAGGAACUGGCGUGCUGCCCUAUGGGAACAUGCGAAUGGCCCUGUGGCUCCUGCUAAUCUUCCAACUUUUCGCGGGAAUCGCCUUUGCCCCGCUCUCAUCUUACCUCUCGGAGGCAUUUCCGCGCAAGAUCAAGCGACAGUGCAUCGCCAUCAGCUAUGUGGUUGAGAUGCUGGCCCAGUUGCUCAUCUGCCAGGUGGAUCUCGGAUCGGAGGUGUCUGGAGGCAAUCCGAUUGCACUUUUCUUCUUCAGCUCUGGAUCCUUCCUGUUGUGCGGAUUCCUCACCAGCGUUUGGUUUAUGCCCGAGACGAAGGACACCACUCUCCUGCAGGCGCAAAUUAAGUUCCAGAAAUUUGUGAUCCCCCAGCCUGAAAGUAGGCCCCUCAAUAGUGCUCAGACCACGCCUAGAUAUAGCUAACAAAUAAAUCUGUAUUUUUAAACUUCAA